GCCGCGGCGGCCGCAGUGGGAGCUCGCGAACCUGAUCGGACCCACAGCGGUCUCCGGGUUGCGUUCCUCGCUCGCUCAGGAGGGCGGUGGGUGCCCCGCGCGCACGCGUACACGCCCAUCGCGCCCCGCCCACGCGCGCCGCGGUGUCCUCCCACCCCGGGCCGGCGCCGCGGGCGGCUGAAGACGGCAUGCGGGAUUACGAGGAGGUGACCGCCUUCCUAGGCGAGUGGGGGCCCUUCCAGCGCCUCAUCUUCUUCCUGCUCAGCGCCAGCAUCAUCCCCAAUGGCUUCAAUGGCAUGUCAGUCGUGUUCCUGACGGCGACCCCGGAGCACCGCUGCCGGGUGCCCGACACCGCGAACUUGAGCAGCGCGUGGCGCAACCACAGUGUCCCGCUGCAGCUCCAGGACGGCCGCGAGGUGCCCCACAAAUGCCGCCGCUAUCGUCUGGCCACCAUCGCCAACUUCUCUGCGCUCGGGCUGGAGCCGGGGAUUGAUGUGGACCUGGAGCAGCUGGAGCAAGAAGGCUGCCUGGAUGGCUGGGAGUACAGCCAAGACGUCUACCUGUCCACCAUCGUGACCGAGUGGAACCUGGUGUGCGAGGAUGACUGGAAGCCCCCACUCACCAUCUCCUUGUUUUUCGUGGGUGUGCUGGUGGGCUCCUUCAUUUCGGGGCAGCUCUCAGACAGGUUUGGUCGGAAGAACGUGCUGUUUGUGACCAUGGGCAUGCAGACAGGCUUCAGCUUCCUGCAGAUCUUCUCAAAGAACUUCGAGAUGUUUACUGUGCUGUUUGUCCUUGUAGGCAUGGGCCAGAUCUCCAACUAUGUGGCAGCAUUUGUCCUGGGUAUGGCCAUCAAGUUGGAGUUGAGUACUUGAUCCUGUGUUUCACUGUCAUCCUGUCACCCACCUUUCUGAAGACAGAUGUGAUGGCCCUCAGAAGGAUGUGGUCUCUAGCAACACUGCCAGAGCUUCCUA